GCCCGGGCGUCUGGCGAGGCGCGCGCCUCCGGGCCCCCACUCGGCCGCGUCGCGGCUCCCAGCCGCCGCCUGUCUUUUUCAGACGAACAGGGGCGGGGACCGGGUGGCACCUACCAGCAUCUGCGAACUGAACCGCCGAAGACCACAAUCCAACAGGGUGGGCGCCCUAGGGUCACCUGCGCGGAGGGUCCUAGCAGAGCCCGGGAGGCGGAAGGCGGUGCCGCCGCGACUCGACAGCGCGUCCCAGCACUUGGGGUUCGCUCCCACCGCACUCUGAAAAAAAACUGAAGGAGCUUGGUUCCCAGAGCCGGCUGGGUCUGUGGAGACGCUGCCAGAAUCCUCAACAGCUUGGAUCCCUGACAGUUGGAGGAACUGACAGCUGGCUGACAGAAAACGCAUCCAGCGGGAGAAAAGGCAUAAGUGAAGUAUGAAAUUUUGAAUAAUGUUUUCAGAUGCUUUGCAUUCAGAAUAGACCUCUGGGUUGGGACCCACGCUGUCAGCCAGUCCUAAAAUUCCUAAGUUCCUGAGUUGCAGGUAUUGAUUUCUGACUUUUGAAGAUGGAUGAAGGUGUAGAAAUUUCAAGUGAUGGAAAUUCCCUGAUAAAAGCAGUCCAUCUGAGCCGGCUUCGCCUCACAAGACUCCUGCUAGAAGGCGGCGCCUACAUCAAUGAGAGCAAUGACCGUGGGGAAACACCUUUAAUGAUCGCCUGUAAGACCAAACAUGUGGAUCACCAGAGUGUCAGUAAAGCCAAAAUGGUUAAAUACCUGUUAGAAAACAAUGCUGAUCCCAACAUACAGGACAAGUCUGGGAAAACCGCUUUGAUGCAUGCUUGCUUAGAGAAAGCUGGCCCUGAAGUUGUUUCCUUGCUCCUACAGAGUGGGGCCGACCUCAGCUUGCAAGACCAUUCUAGUUACUCAGCCCUUGUUUAUGCUCUCAAUUCAGAAGAUAAAGAGACCCUGAAAGUUCUACUUAGUGCUUGCAAGGCUAAAGGAAAAGAGGUCAUUAUCAUAACAACAGCGAAAUCGCCCUCUGGCAGGCACACUACCCAGCAGUACUUAAAUAUGCCUCCUUCGGAUAUAGAUGGGUGUCAUUCCCAAGCCACCUGUGUCACCCCUUCAGAAAUAGACAUAAAAACAGUCUCGAUGCCACUUUCACAUUCUUCUGAAACUGAUAUGAGAGUUUUUGGCUUUAAUGAUGUGGAGUUCUUGGGAAGCUGUGAUGAUUCCCGGGACUUGGGCUCUCCUGUGAGGAAGCCUGCUGUGGCCCUUAAUGGGCCCAAGCCACCCUGGGUCAAGAGUCCCCCCUCAUUAAUGAACAGAGUGGCCUCUUUGCAAGAGGAGCUCCAGGAUAUUACCCCAGAGGAAGAAUUAUCCUACAAAACCAAUGGGCUGGCACUUUCCAAGCGGUUCAUCACUAGGCACCAAAGUAUUGACAUAAAAGACACGGCACAUUUGCUAAGAGCCUUUGAUCAGGCCAGCUCAAGAAAGACGUCAUAUGAUGAAAUGAAUUAUCAGUCAUGCUUUUCAGAAGGAAAUCAGCAAUGCAUUGAAAUCCCUAUUGACCAGGACCCGGACUCUAACCAGACAGUAUUUGCUUCCACCUUAAGAAGUAUAGUUCAAAAAAGAAACUCAGGGGCAAACCACUACAGCUCCGAUUCCCAGCUCUCAGCUGGUCUAAUCCCUACAACUUCAGAGGAUGGCAAAGCACUUACCGGAAAGAAAAAGAUCCUCUCACCAACUCCUUCCUUGUUGUCAGGGUCCAAAGACUUGUCGGAGACUAUCCCCCCAGGCCCCCUGAGCAGGAGGAACCAUGCAGUGUUAGAAAGGCGUGGGUCAGGAGCCUUCCCUUCAGAUCACAGUUUUCCCCAAACCAGACCAGGAUUUCUGCCACCCUUAAAUGUGAGUCCUCACCCUCCCAUCACAGAUGUCAGUGUCACCAAGAUUCCCAGCCUUCUUUCUUGUGGUCAAAAAGUGCUUAUGCCAACAGUACCUAUUUUCCCUAAAAGUAAAAAAAUGUUAAGGAGACAGUCAUUGCAAACAGAACAAAUCAAGCAGUUAGUAAAUUUUUAAGAGAUGGCUGGAAAACGUAUUUUGUUCAUAUGUCUUUAUCAGAGAAAUAUACAACUAGAGAAGAAAUCUCAAAUGUUCAUCCUUUUAAAUACUGUAAUUGGUUAGUCCAUAAUGAUUAGGGGGAUCAACAUGUGUGUCAUAUGAGACACUGUGGACACAAAUACUCUAGAGUUUCCGGUUAGGGAAUUCUCUCAAAGUUACAAGUAUUUUUCUCAAAAGUUAAAAGUAUUUUUCUCUAACGUAUUUCUCCCCCCUCUCUCCCUUCCACUUUCUCUGAAAAGCAAAGGAAAAUAUAUGCUCCAUUAUUUGGAUGAAGAUUAACUAAAAAAAACCCCAAAAAAGUCUAAAAGAAAAUACUGACAGCUAUGAAAUGUUCUAUGAUCUAUCAGCUUAAACUACAAAAAAAGGAUGAACUGAUUCUUUAAAAAUGUUGCCCAGGCCGGCGUGGCUCAGUGUAUGAGCAUCGACCUAUAAACCAGGAGGUCAUGGUUCCAUUCCCAAUCAGGGCACACGCCCAGGUUGCAGGCUCCAUCCCCAAUGUGGGGUGUGCAGGAGGCAGCCAAUCAAUGAUUCUCUCUCAUUGAUGUUUCUCUUCCUCUCUCUGAAAUCAAUAAAAUAUAAUGUUGACUGCAGGUAGAUGAAAAUCUAGUUAAAAUUUUAAUGGUCAAUCAUUAUAGUAGACAGAGAAACUAAUGUUCCUGUUGUUAGCUUAAUCAGUGUUAAAUGGUAGGUAAGUUUUACGUGGUAGUAAUAAUCUAUGCCAAGUGUUUGUGUGCUGUUUUUUGCUUUGCUUUGUUUUUUUUAAACAUUUAAACAAAAAUGUAAUGGAAUUCUUCAUUUUCCAUACCUUUAAUUCCUGUUAAUUUUUUUGAAGUUUAUCCAUACGCUCCCAAUGAAAAUAUAUUUUAAAGUUAAAAAACAUUCCUCUUUACUUAUUUUUGUCUUUCUAAAAACAAUCCCAAAAAUAUCCCAAAAGUUUGAGGUUCAUCACAAAUAGAAACUAACUGCUUGCUUUAUUUUAUUAAAAAAGAAAAAGAAAAAAAGAAACCACCUGAUUAUUAGCUUAGGUGAGCUAAAGUUAAGAAAGUCAGUAGAAACUUAAUUACAAAAUGUACUAAGUAGUCAAUAUUAAACAAUGUCUUUAUUUCUAAUAUAUAAUUAUUAGACAUUUCUAUAAUAAGGAUGUAUAAGGAUAAUUUCCUUAGUAUGACAUUCCAAAAAUGUAGUAUUGUAUGACCUGCGAAUACUGUGAAUAAUUUUUAACAAAAUAAAUGAAAACCAUGCUACUAUUAUAAAAUGACUACAUUAUCUAUAAAAUUUCAAAAUAUGGUGUUUAUACAAAAAAAUCUUUAUUUCAAUCUAGCGGUUUACAGCACAGAAUAAAUCAAACUAUACAGAACCUGAGUGUAUUAAUUUGAUGUUGUCAUAUACAACUUUCUUUGCUUUUUGUCAGUAAGGAGAUCCUGACAAUGGGCAUCAUGCUUUUCUUGGUAAUUUGUUAUAAGCAAGUUAUAAUGUAUAUAGUAAGUAUUUAAUUUCUUGUGGCUUUUAUUUGGGAAAAAGCCUGGAGAUGUUCCAUUUAAUGUUUUGAAGAACAUUAAUAUUAAUUAUAUUAGAAAUAUAUUUUUAUUCAGAACAUAGAAUUGUACCUGGUGUUUAUAGGCAGCUAAAUCCUUUUUUGCAAGUUCUAAUAUUGAGAAAAGUGCUUCGCUUUAAGUUGUAAGGAUACAGACUGGAAAGUAUGUAAAUAGAUUAGUUCAUAAAAUGGUAUCAAUAAAGUUUUAAAAUGUUAUUUUAAUUAUCACUGUUUUUUAUUUAUCUCAAAUACUAAUGAUAAAUAUUUCAACAUAAUCUCAAGAGAAGCUGUGCCACAUGUUACUUUGAGUAAAUAGAAAACUAUGAAAGAAAAACUGUUGUUUCUAUUCUCAUCCCAAUAUAAAUAUAUAUAUAUUUUAGUAGGAUUAAAACUUUGUUGGCCACAUUUAGAAGAAUUUGUAGUCCUCUAUCAAUCCCAAGAACCCUUAGGAGAUGAGGUUGUGUGAGCCUGACUGUAAAACCAUCCUAUGGGAUUUUUCAUUCCAUUAAGUAGAAUAUAUCACUGGCAUCCCCAUGGAAAGUCACAGAUGUUUGCAACAGGAAUCAGAUAUGUAUGUAGAAAUACUCAGGGUAUCUCUGAGUGUGAAGAAUGAAGUUAUGAAGAAUUAGGUUUUGAAAUUCUAGGAGCAGAAGAAGGGCAUGAACUAAGGUGGUGAGAAACUUGAAAAUCAAAUGAUAUAUUACCAGGAUUAAAAUUCCAAGAGUAUUUUGCUCACUAUAGAGAAGAUACUAUGAUUGAAACAAUGAAUACAAAGAUAUGCAUAGCAGUCAGCAUGCUCCCAACAAUAUGGAAAUUCUAGGUCCAUCCAAUUUAAUUUAUUCAGUAAGUGGAUUCGAUUUUGUUAAUGAGAAAGCUCUUCAGCCCUAUAAUAGUUAACACUUCUAGCCCUACCUGGUUUUGCUCAGUGGAUAGAGCGUUGGCCUAUGGACUGAAGUGUCCCGAG